UGGAGGUGGUGGAACUUGUGAAAGUGGUGGUAGACUACCCCCUGUUGGAGGGGGAUUGAAGGGUAUCAAGCAGCAUUCGGGUCCUUGUGCUCUUGGUAUUACGUAAGGGGAUGUUGCCGCGGGAGGAUCCCUCAGUGUUGCCAUAGACCUCAACGGGGGUUCACCGGGUACAGACACUACAACCGUCUAGUCAUGCGAGACAUUGUGCUUUAUCCAUUGAGACUGAAAAGCGGUACAAUAGCUUCUGGGGGCUAUCGCCCUUGAGGAUUUCCAUUAUUCCCAUUAUUUUUUUAGUGGUGAUUGUGGUGAGGAGUUGUGACGGAUAAAUCGAAAAUAUUCGAUAGGUAAAUACAGAUGGAACUGCGACUCGUCAUUCUUGCACAUAUCGUCGGUAUCUGCUCGGGGCUUAAGGAGGUGCACAUGCAGACACCGACGGCUGUGGAGAAGGGCAACUCCGCGGUGUUAAAUUGCUACUAUGACUUGGAAGGCUCUAAGCUGUACACGGUCAAGUGGUACAAGAGUGGAAGAGAAUUUUAUCGUUAUACACCCAACGAGUCACCGCCUGACAAGACAUUUCCCAUUGGAAAUCUUAAAGUCAAUCUACGAGAGAGUAAUGCAACACGAGUGAGCCUGAUGGACCUGGACUUUGAUGCUGCUGGUGAUUACAGCUGCGAGGUAUCGGAGGACGCACCCUCUUUUCACACCGCCAUUGUAUACAGAACAAUGAAUGUUGUUGAAUUACCCAGUCAGAGGCCGGCUAUUCAGGGACUCAAGAGGAAGUACAGGAUCGAUGAUACUUUGAGAUUAAAUUGUACUUUGGGUAAGAGCAGACCAGCCGCUAAUCUCACGUGGUAUGUCAACGAUCGACAGCCACUCCAGUCGCAUGUACGCGUUUACAAUCCAUCGGAUACGAAUGACGCAGACUGGGAGACGGCGAGAGUUGGAUUACAAUUUUUGGUAAAUCACGAGCACUUUGCUGCUGGCAAACUCAAGAUACGUUGCAGUGCAUCAAUCUACGACAUUUACUGGCAGAGUAUAGAGGUUAGUACUGAGGAGGAUAGACCAAGGGUUAUACAGCUUGAACCAGCGGCAACGAUCGUUGGCGUCAAUUACCUUCAACCACCCCCGAACUUUCAGACUGGCCAACGUAAGCCCGACGGGCAUCUCGACGUCAAAGACCUCAACUCAUCAUCCAUCGGAGUACAACUACUGGGCUCCCUCCAUCUCUCCCUGGGACCCAUCCUGAUUCUCCGACUGGCCGCCAUCUAACAUCUCAAAAUCACUUCAAAACAAAAUCAACAAACCAAAAAAUAAAAACCAAAAACCAUGAAAAACCAUCUUCUGUACCAUAUGCGUGCUUUGCAGCUCUUUAUAUAAA